UCUACAGCAGAUAGCCAACCUAUGAGUGAUGAAGAAAAAAAGCUGUUCAUUAAGCUAAAGCAACGGUUUUCGGAUGGAAAGAUCGCAGUUCAAGACGUUUCCGGCGGAUGUGGCCAGUUUUUUGCCAUUCAAGUUACCCAUCCUGAUUUUGCUGGCCUAUCAACUCUCAAGCAACAUAGACUGAUUAAUCAGACUCUUUCGGAUGAAAUCAAAUCAUUACAUGGCCUUCAGGUGCAUUCCCAAUCC